AUGAAGCCGUCGGAUUUGUUGUUGGUGCUGGAAAAGGUCAAGUUCAGGGUGCCUCUGCCGCCGGGAGUCAGCUCGACGACGCUUCUGCCCAAGCUCAUCCGCACCAAGGACGUGAAGCAGCUGCAGGACGGCAACGCACAGCCACAGAAGCCCAAGCUAACGAAAUGUCUCAACACUUUGGACCUGACCUCGCUGGGCAUCGGAUCCUGCUGCGGAACGGGCAUGUACCUGGUGGCCGGCAUGGUGGCCCAGAAGAUAGCCGGACCCGGAGUGAUUAUUAGUUUUAUUAUAGCCGCCAUAGCGAGUAUUUUCUCAGGCGCUUGCUAUGCAGAGUUUGGCGUUCGUGUGCCCCACACAUCCGGCUCGGCCUAUAUGUAUUCAUAUGUGGCGGUUGGAGAAUUCGUAGCUUUUAUAAUUGGUUGGAACAUGAUAUUGGAAUAUCUGAUAGGAACAAGUGCCUGUGCCUGUGCGUUAAGUUCUAGUUUCGAUUCCCUGACCGGCAAUGCCAUAGCACGAACGAUAAGCGAGUCUAUUGGCACGAUAUUCGGCAAACCACCGGACUUUAUUGCCUUCGGCAUUACGCUGCUCAUGACCUGCGUCCUGGCGAUGGGUGCCAGCAAGUCGGUCAUCUUCAAUCACUCACUCAACGCCGUCAACCUGGCCACGUGGGUGUUCGUAAUGGCCGCCGGGCUUUUUUACGUGGACACGAAGACGUGGUCGGAGCACCAGGGAUUCCUGCCCUACGGCUGGAGUGGUGUAUUUUCCGGUGCUGCCACCUGUUUCUACGCAUUCAUCGGUUUCGAUAUUAUCGCAACAACCGGCGAGGAGGCGCACAAUCCACAGAAGAGCAUUCCGAAAGCUAUCGUUGGUUCCCUGGUCGUCGUGCUAAUCGCCUAUGUUAGCGUUAGUCUAGUCCUAACUUUAGUGGUUCCCUAUGACCACAUCAACACGGGAGCGGCGCUGGUCCAGAUGUGGUCGUACGUGAAUGCCCCAAAGUGCCGGGCGGUAGUGGCCAUCGGAGCUACCGCUGGACUCUCGGUGGCCAUGUUUGGCUCCAUGUUCCCCAUGCCGCGCGUUAUCUAUGCGAUGGCCCAGGAUGGUUUGAUCUUCAGGCAAUUGUCGCAACUGUGGCAGCGUACCAAUGUGCCCGGGCUGGCGACCAUUGGCAGUGGAUUGGCUGCCGCUUUGGUGGCACUCACCGUGCGCCUGGAGAUCCUCGUCGAGAUGAUGUCCAUCGGGACGCUGCUGGCCUACACGCUAGUCUCCACCUGUGUCCUGGUGCUUCGCUAUCAGCCGCACAGCACCUCGCUGGUGGAACUGCUGCCGGCCCAGCUGCGCACCCCUGUGGCGCCCGGAACGGCCAGCGAUUCCCGCUCCCAUGUGACGCCCGCCGAGGUGCUCGAGGUCCCCGGAAAGCUAACCAUCAAGCGGGUCACGCGCGGCAUGUCCGACUCGGACGACUCCUUCAUCGACGACAGCCCGGAGGGAUUUCUGGGCGGGCGGGACGACCAGUUCCUGGUGUCCGAUAGAUCCGAGAACAAGUUCUACGGCAGUGUACAUGGCGCACCCACCGGACCCACCGGCCAGGCCACCGCCUUCGAUGCCAUGGGCCUGAACUUCGUCUCCCGGAAGAUCCACGACUACGCGUACCUGUGCCCCGGCUUCUUUCCCUGGAUCAAUCCCGGUCAGGCCACCGCCGAAAGUGGCAUGUACGUCACCAAGCUAGUGGGCAUCAUGUUCGGUCUCAUAUUCUUCCUGGACCUGUUCGCGGCCAUUGGGUGGUCCGGUGGCCUCGCCGCCUUCAUUUAUUUCAUUUUGUUUAUCGGCAUAUUUGUGAUACUAUUGAUUAUAUCAAGGCAGCCGCAGAAUAGGUAUGCGCUGGCCUUCCUCACUCCCGGACUCCCCUUCAUCCCGGCCAUCGCCAUCACCGUGAACAUCUACCUGAUAUUCAAGCUCAGCAUCCUCACGUUGGUCCGCUUCACCGUGUGGAUGUCCCUGGGGUUCAUCAUGUACUUCUACUACGGCAUCACGCACAGCAGCCUGGAGCAGACCAGCGACGACCUGGAGCUGCAUGUCGACUAUAGCAAAAACGUUGAGGAGAAGGCCGUGUGGGAUCAGCAAUCGUACAACCAGACCCACGAGCCCGUCUGGGCCAGCAAGGAGGUGAAGCAUCCUUCGACAGAGCAACGAUACAACUACGGAAAGACCACGUCGUCUUCGUCGUCGGCACAGGGCAGCUCGAGGAGUGGCCAGGCCAGUGGGCCGGAGAAGCCACCGGGCAGGAGCCAAACGGGACACAGCCGACCGGUUCCACCUCCCCCGAUCCCUGGCCAGGCGAAGGGUUCGGGAUCGGGAUCGGGCAGCGGUCCUCCCAUGGAACGCCAGUACACCGGCCAGUUCAGCAUGUUUGUGGACGAGGGCCAGUUCCCCACGUGGGAGGACUAAGUGAAGUACCCCAUCCACAUAAAUCCCCAUCCCCAUUCCAGUUCCAUUCCGAUUCCCAAUCCCGAUGAUGCCCUCUGAUUCCCGAGUGAUGCUACAAUGAUAUCAUGAGCUUCGAUCUCAAGUUUUCUGGAUCUUCAUCUGGAUAUGGAUCUGGAUCUUGACGGUCGGGUGCAGCUCACUCACUUGUAAAUACGAUUAGAGAUGUUAAGUUUAACCAUAUGGCGAUCUGUGUCGUGUCGUUACCGAAUUGCAGAUGCAUACCGUAUACAAGGCAUGUGCAUGUGCCCUGGGCGGCGGAGUUAUACACCCUAUAUAAUAUACACAUAUAUAUAUAUAUACAAGCAAAUAUAUAUUUACAUAUAUAGCGAUGGGUUAUAUUAGUUCAGCAAAGAGUUACAGAGCAAAGUUGCCGAAUUCCAACUAUCCGAACCCUGAUACCAAGCCGACCGAUUAGCGAUAGACGAUAAGCAAAGCCACAGACACAAGAUAACAGAUAACAAAUAACCGAUAACCAAUGAACGAUUGUGCUCAACUCCGAUUGGCAAGCGUUUUGGGUGACGUUGGUCAAUCGGCUUUCAGCACAGGGGAAUCAGGAAGGCAGGCACAAUAAUACAUAUGUAUGUAUGCAUAUUUCUGAAAUUGUUCAGAUAUAUCCUAUACGGCAGUGAGGUGGUUGUCGGGGUGCUACCAUGCACAACUGUACAUUUUAGGCACCACCACCCCCACACCCACACUCACAAGGGACUAACACGAUAAACGUAAAACCCUGGGCUUGUGAAGAGAUCCCCGAAGGAGAUCAGAGGAGACCUUUCGUAACCCCAAAUGAUAUUGGACCUCUGACCAAAGACGAUCUUUGCAUAAAAUUGGGAUUGGCUCACACACAGACUCCCACAACUGACGAUCUUAAACACUAACGUUAUGUACCUUUGAUUCUAUAUUGUUGUUUACAUAUUUAUGCUAUGCAUUUGAUAAGGCGCCUGGACAUGAGGUUUUACAGUACAGUACGCCCUGCCUACGGCCGUCCCGUCUCACUCACUCUAUCGGAAUGUUAUUUGUUUUUUAUUCUAGAAGCUCGCGCUAAACUAAAACUCAUUUUAAAGCGGCAUUUCGCAUUCGUUGUAAUACAAUUCAUUUUACUAAUGGAAUACCAAGAAAAAAUUAUACAAAUAUGCAUAUAUAUUUAUAAAAAUUACCAUAUAGACAAAUACCAAAGAAUACAAAAUAUUUAUUGAACUAUUCAAACUUAAACCAAGGAUAAAACAAAAGCAAGCAUAACUACAAAUAUGUAUAAACACAAUGAUAACUUAAACCAAAAGCAAAUAUGAUAAUGAAAACAUUUAUGUACAAGCAUACUUUUUUCCACUUUAUAUACAUACUAUGUACAAGCAAACCAUGCAUAACUAUUUUUAGCUAAAUUACAAGUAUAUGGCAAAGUUAAAGCAAAAUCAACCUUUUUAAUAAUAAUAAUACUUAUGAUAAUUUAUUCCUUUUGUACUUCACGACUUUGUACAGGAAAGAAUCCGAAUAGCGAAUAUCAAAGAUUGCAACAAGAACUCAAUAACCUAGGGCUAGCUUUCGAUCCGAUCUAGCCCCGCAACAGAGAAUAACACUAUUUAUAUACAAAACAAACGUACCGUCUAAGACAUUCGAUAUUUUGAUUUUGACUGAUUUCGUUCGAUUCCAUUCAGUUGAUCCCUUAAAUUUCGAGUGCCAAAUCAAUGCACCAUUGCACUUCUUGAACCAGUAGCAGAAAACAUAUGUAUAAGUAAGUCCUAGGACCGAAACGAAACAAAAUGAGUUCCAUGUUCAACUUACUCAAUAUUAGGGUUUUCGAAGAGGAGCUUUCCGGACCAACUACUUAAGAUAUAGUGCCACCCAACGGUCCUGCACCACGUACUUUACAUGUAUUCUUACUUUAGUUCACUAAAACUCCGUUGAUUCCUUUCAAAACUUAAAUCUAACACUAUUUGUACAUACACAACCUAUACAGGCAGGCAAAAAAAAUAUAAAAAACAGUGCGAAUGUAUAUUUUUAUGAACAAGAUAAGAUACAGCAAAGAAGCAACUAAAGGGAAACGAAACUCAGAUACAAAAGUAACAACUAAUGAAUAACAUAUCCUACCACACAGCUUAAAGUUGAGAUAUAACAAUAACGGAACUCGCCGAGCCCACAUUCAUCCGAUUUUUUCGAUACCUGAUCACCGAUUACCGAUUACUGGAGUCCAAGUUUUGCUUUCGUUACCAAGUUGGGUCAAACUGUUUAUUUAAACUGUUAAACAUUUUCUUAAACGGACUCCAGUUUUAUCGGUGGAAAAGGAUCCCAAUUGUCUGUUGAGUGUGCGCUCAGAGGAGUUACCAUCCGUACAUCUAUAUGUCAGUCAACUAUGAAAGUGACAAAAGUUACAGUACAGGCAAUCCAGUAACUGCGGGCUGAAGCAGCUUGCUCUUCCACCUUUCGGUUCUUUCGAUACCACCAAGUUAAGAUAAAUGUUAUGGGAAUAUGAUAGUUUUAAUAGAUUUUCUACAGUUCCAAUUUAAAGCAAAUAACAACAAAGUCAACAUAACGUGCAAUAUAUCGAUAAGUGUGAAGGGACAAACCAAAAGCUUCCGUUAACAAAAAAUAUGCAUUUUACUACCAAAUAUUAUUUCCGUACUUUUUUAAUCCCCCGAACGGAGAACAAACACGUACUCUAAGGUCUAUGCUCACUGUGUCUAAACUGCAAACGGAAUGAGAUUCAAAUCAGAAAAACCAAAGGCGGAAGUGACGGAAAACCUAACUGCACCCACAAACACGCAUAGACAAGCACACAGAAAAGGAACAGAUCAACAAUAAGAACAGCAAUAUGAGAAUUAUAAUUCCGAAAACGAAGCAGACCGUUUACUUAAGAGCCAAGCCUAAAUAUGAAAAACAAAACUGGAAAUAAUCCACAUUUGAUUGUUUGAUUGAUUGGAAAUGGCUUUAGACGAUUGUUUCCUUAUUGAUUGAUUUUCCAGCUGAACAUAAAGUACCUAAGUUUCUGUUUAUUUCAUAAGACUGAAUUACUGGAAUAUGAUUUAUUUUAAACGUGUAUAUAAUUAAGGUGUAAUAGCAAACUUUACAACUUUUACUAAUGAAGCAUCAAAAUUUUUGAAAUUAUUCUGAACUCAUUUAUUAAAAAAUUAAAAAAAAAAACAAGAUGAAAUUGAGGAGAAAAAACGAGAAAAAAAGGUGAUGAGAUAGUCGAGAGAGAAUGAAGUUAAUAUGCAACUAUUAAUAUACAACAUAUAUGGGAAAAUCCCGAUAUGAUGAUGAUAUAUAUAUAUAUAUUUCAAUGGAUCGAUAACAAAAAAAACAGCAAACCAAAGUGAAAUGAAAAUGAUGUUAAAAUAUAAGAAAAACAAAACAUUUUUUAAUUCAAAUACUACUCUUGAUUUGUUUUAUGUGUUAAUAACUUAUUAAAUGAUAUUUCUUGAGAAUAUUAAAAAAAUAAAAUUGUUAGGAUAUUCAA